UUGUAAGCUGUCUCUCAGUGUGCUAUUGGCUUGGUCGUGUUCAUUAGUGCAAUUAUUAAUUCAUUAUCCGAUUACUGGAUUUGAUAGGAGACAUGCAAUUGAGCAACCAUCUUUGACUGCCACCUAGUGGAGGGCAUAUCCUACAUUAUGACAAAUCAAUGGAGCCUGAGCAUGAAGGCCUAGAAAUCAUUUUCUGCCUGUUCCUGUGUGUGAAGAGAGGGAGAGGGGGGCGACUGAGAGCGAGCUGGCAACAGCAGAACAGAACAGCAGCCGGGCUGGAGGCUUCAGCCAUGUCAGUUUUCUAAACAACGCUGGACAGACGAUGAGAAGAGAGAGGAACCAUGGCCUUGUCACUGAGUGCAGACGAAGAGGAUUAUGAUUCAGAAUCUGAACAGCAACAUGCAGCCAACCGGCCAAAGCCCAAGAUGGGGACGUCAGCAGCGGUCAAGCUGCCGUCCAAUCGCAGUGCGUCUGGUGCCAGACGCAGGAGAACACGCUGCCGAAAGUGUGAGGCAUGCCUCCGAACCGAAUGUGGAGAAUGUCACUUCUGUAAAGACAUGAAGAAGUUUGGAGGACCAGGGCGCAUGAAACAGUCCUGUAUCAUGAGGCAGUGCAUUGCACCUGUCCUGCCCCACACGGCUGUGUGUGUUGUGUGUGGAGAGGCAGGUAAGGAGGACACACUGGAGGAAGAGGAGGACAAGUUCAACAUCAUGCUCAUGGAGUGCUCCAUCUGCAGUGAGAUUGUUCACCCCAACUGCUUAAAGGUAAAAGAUGCCUCUGGCGUGGUGAAUGAUGAACUUCCUAACUGUUGGGAAUGUCCCAAAUGCAACUACGCUGGGAAAACAGGAAAAGUCUGCAAGCAAAAAAGGGGACCAGGGUUCAAGUAUGCGUCCAACCUCCCUGGCUCUCUGCUGAGGGAGCAAAAGGCGGUCAAGGAGGAGGGCGAGUCCACCUCUACGUCUACAGCCAAGAGCAAGCCUGAGAGGGAUGAGACUCCCAGACACAGACCUGAGGAAUGGGAGCCCCUUCACAGACAACCCCCUGUCCUAUCCCCCAGCACCCUGCCUCGGCCCAGACCUGAGGACAAACUGAGGAAGAAGAGAAAGCUCUUCGAUGAUGACUAUGAAGAGGACUUUGGUGUGAGGAAGAAGGGAAAGUCAGAUGAACCUCUGUUCCCCAAACUCCUUCAUCAGAUCAAGAUGGAGGAGGAGGAUGAGGUGGAUGAGGAGGAGAAGGCCUCUCUGUACCGGCGAGGCCUGGAGAGGAGAGGGCGUUUAGGAGAUACCGAGGAGGAGGCAGAGGACAGGGAUGACGAGGACACAAAGACAAACCUGUCCAGGCCUCCUCUCAAAACUCCUGUUCUAGACAGUGAUCAGUCUCACUGCAGCUCUCCAUGGGCCGGCCCCAGCAGUGAGGGGGGCAGUGAACCCCAGGAGAAAGGCCCACGUCCCAAAGCGUGCCGCAAACGCCGAUUACCCAACAAGGAGCUGAGCAAAGAGCUGAGCAAAGCACUGAACCAGGAGAUCCAGAAGACUGAGGACUGCCUAGCCAAUGAGAACCGCCAGCCCCUGAAGGUGGAGCCAGAGAGUGAGAAUGAGGAGCCAAAGAGGGGCUUCCGCAACAGCAGUGACCAAGGAGGGGAGCGCCCCCACCUCUGGACCAAGGAAAUGAAUGGCACCCCCUGGGAGCUGCGCCACUUCUACCCCAGCCAGAUCACCCCUCUGGGCUUCAACAGGAGCUCCCCUGGCACCCGGCCCCUGCCCCCACACUCCCCACCCAAGUGUGUCCAAAUGGAGCGCCACGUCAUCCGGCCGCCACCCAUCAGCCCCCCACCAGACAGACUGCCCUUGGUGGAUGGGAAAACCCACACGGUGCAGCGAGAGGUCUGGAUGAAGAUCUUCGGACACGUCACACACAAGGAGCUGUGUAUCUGCAUGCGUGUCUGCAAGACAUGGAACAGAUGGUGCUGUGAUAAGAGACUGUGGACCAUAAUCGAUCUGAACCGCUGUAAAUCUAUCACUCCCCUGAUGCUGAGUGGCAUCAUCCGCAGACAGCCCCUCUCACUGGACCUCAGCUGGACCAACAUCUCCAAGAAGCAACUAAGCUGGCUUAUAAACCGCUUACCAGGUCUGCGGGUGUUGCUGCUCUCAGGUUGCUCGUGGGUGGCUGUAUCUGCCCUCUGCACCUCUAGCUGCCCUCUGCUGCGAACCCUCGAUGUGCAGUGGGUGGAGGGGCUCAAAGAUGCCCAGAUGAGGGACCUGCUCUCGCCUCCGACCGACAACAGACCAGGUCAGUUGGACAACCGUUGUAAGCUGAGGAACGUUGUGGACUUACGUCUGGCCGGACUGGACAUCACAGACGCCUCUCUGCGUCUGAUUAUCAGACAUAUGCCGGUACUUUCCCAACUGGACCUGAGCUACUGCAACCACGUCAAUGACCAGUCGGUCAACCUGCUGACGGCCGCAGGGACGACAACCAGAGACUCCCUCACAGAGAUCAACCUGUCAGUUUGUAAUAGGGUGACAGACCAUUCCCUUACCUUCUUCAAGCGCUGUGGAAGCAUCUGUCACAUUGACCUGCGCUACUGCAAACAGGUGACCAAGACGGCCUGUGAACAGUUCAUAGCAGAGAUGUCUGUAAGUGUACAGUUUGGCCUCAAAGAGGACAAAUUACUGCAGAAACUCGGCUAGUUCAUUGAGGGACACUGACACAGGCCAAAAUGUACACAGCAACAAAGAACUACCUUUUACACUAAAUGGAGCAAGACAAGGUUUCCCCCAUCAAGCCUGGACUGGUUGGUUUUGUAUGUUUAUUUCCUCUUCAUUGGAGAAUCUACUGUGUUAGAUUUCUGAACAAACAAUGUCACAUGAGUUGAUGAGAGAAGCAGAGGUGUGUAAAUGGACUGGGGAGAUUUUUGCAUCAAUGUCUUUCUGGAUGUUGCAGAAUCCUUGUACUGAUAAGGGGAAGAUGUAAA